AUGGCAUCUCGGAUGAUGAAGAGUGAAACUUAUCCUGUCAGCACUCAGCCUAGUGCCGAGAGCAAUGCUUCAAAACAGGUAUUAAAGGGAGAAAAGCCCGUUGUGGGUAGCAGCCGUCCAUGUAAUGAGCAUUCCUUCCUCACGGACGUGGCUGAUGUACGCACCAUGGAGCAGGGUCUGCUUCAGCUGCUGGAAGACUUCCACUCGGGAAAACUUCAAGCUUUUGGUGGCAGUAUGACAUUUGAGAAGAUGGAUCAUAUCAGGGAACAGCAAGAGAGACUUGCUAGACUACACUUUGAGAUGGAACUUUUACAGGACAUGCACCGGCGGGAUACAGAGGAAGGAAAGACAGCCAGUAAUGAUAAAAUGUCCAAACUUAUAGACCAGCUCCAUGCCAUUAGUUCAUCAAUACAGAGAAUCCAGAAGGAAUGAACAGAUGGAUGGAAGUCAAAUGAUUCUAAAAUGGCUGCCAUUACCUCAUACUGUGGACCAAUCAAAAUAUGAUGUGCAUAUAUUUAUUUUAUUUAUUUCUG